AUGGCUCCCAAGAAAGUUACCGCAAAGGCAGCCACCGGCGGAAAGGUGCCGCGCAAGCAGCUUGCCGCCAAGGCUGCCCGCAAGCAACCGCCUGCGCCCGGCGUUGGAGGUGUCAAGAGGCCUCACCGCUACCGCCCCGGAGCCGUCGCCCUCCGCGAGAUCCGUCGCUACCAGAAGUCGACCGAGCUCCUCCUGCAGAAGACGCCAUUCAGGCGGCUCGUCCGCGAGAUCCUCGAGAGCGUGAUGGGCAAGACAGAAAUCAGGUGGCGCGCCUCUGCGAUGGAGGUGCUGCAGGAGGCGGCCGAGGCGUAUCUCGUCUCGCUGUUCGAAGAUACGAAUCCCGCCGCAAUCCAUGCCAAGAGGGUCACGAUCCAGCCGAAGGUUGAGUGCCGCCGCCCCCCUUCUUUGCCUCACGACUGGCACUGA